UGUGCUCCCGUUGAGUCGCUAGACGGAGGCCUAUCCGCGAUAGAAGCACCACCGUAAAAUCACUCACAGACCAACAGAACGGACAAGGCGGUGGGUUUAUAGCGAUAAAUGCGCAAGACAAACCCCGUGGGAUGUGUUUGAGCAACCGGGCUCGUGUUUUGGGCCUUUGAGGGGGAGUUUGCGAAGAUAAUUGAGCGACUGGGUGUUGUUAUUUUUGGGGCAGCUGAGUGGUCAUUGGCAGAGUUCAAUACACACCAGCUCGCGCGAGGAAUAAACACGCACUUCACGUCUCUAAACACCCCGAUUUUACUUCACUACAUGGGCUUUUGAGGAUUUUACGCUGCAUUUUACCCAAUCAAUUUGAAGAAUACAAGUAAAGGUGAGUUCCCAGAUCUGUGGUACUAAACGUCUGCCAGACCCGAGAUUCGGUGUUCCCCCUUCCCCAGUCUCCCUGUCACCCUGCCCUGCGCCCCACACAGCCCCUAACCCAGUAUGAACGAAGUCAGCGUCGUCAGGGAGGGCUGGCUCCACAAGAGAGGUGAAUACAUUAAGACUUGGAGGCCUCGAUAUUUCAUCCUAAAGAGCGAUGGCUCUUUCAUCGGCUAUAAGGAGAAGCCUGACACGUCAGACCACAGUCAGCCACCUCUCAACAACUUCUCAGUAGCAGAGUGUCAGCUGAUGAAGACCGAAAGACCUCGGCCGAACACGUUUGUCAUCCGCUGCUUACAGUGGACCACUGUUAUUGAACGUACCUUUCACGUGGAUAGCAAUGCUGAGAGAGAGGAGUGGAUACGUGCCAUCCAGGCUGUGGCCAAUGGGCUUAAAUCCCAGGAAGAGGAAGAGCCGAUGGAAUUUGGUUCUCCUGGAGACAACAGCUUGGAGGGGAUCGAAGCCGCCAUUGCAAAGUCCCGCACCAAAGUGACAAUGAGUGACUUUGACUACCUAAAACUCCUGGGUAAAGGCACAUUUGGCAAGGUGAUUCUGGUGAGGGAAAAGGCCACUGGCAUGUACUACGCCAUGAAGAUCCUACGAAAGGAAGUCAUCAUCGCCAAGGAUGAAGUUGCGCACACAAUCACAGAAAGCAGAGUCUUGCAGAACACACGGCACCCUUUUCUUACGACACUAAAAUACGCCUUCCAAACACGUGACCGACUGUGUUUCGUCAUGGAGUAUGCAAAUGGAGGCGAGCUGUUUUUUCACCUGUCACGAGAGCGUGUUUUUACGGAGGACCGAGCUCGCUUCUACGGUGCUGAAAUUGUUUCCGCUUUGGAAUAUCUGCACUCUAAAGAUGUCGUCUACAGGGACCUUAAGCUGGAGAAUCUAAUGCUGGAUAAAGAUGGUCACAUAAAAAUCACAGAUUUUGGCCUGUGUAAAGAGGGCAUUACUAAUGAAGCCACAAUGAAGACGUUCUGUGGGACUCCAGAGUAUCUCGCCCCUGAGGUAUUAGAAGACAACGAUUACGGGCGUGCAGUGGAUUGGUGGGGUCUCGGAGUGGUCAUGUAUGAAAUGAUGUGCGGUCGCCUGCCGUUCUACAAUCAGGACCACGAGCGUCUGUUCGAGCUCAUUUUAAUGGAGGAGAUUCGUUUUCCUAGAAACCUCUCGCCCGAGGCCAAAGCCCUGCUGGCUGGCUUGCUCAAGAAAGACCCUAAACAGAGGCUUGGUGGAAGUCCUGAGGAUGCCAAAGAAGUGAUGACACACAAGUUCUUCAGUUCCAUCAACUGGCAAGAUGUCCUUCAAAAGAAGCUCAUCCCUCCCUUCAAGCCACAAGUGACCUCAGAGACAGACACGCGCUACUUUGAUGAUGAGUUCACGGCACAGACCAUCACUGUCACGCCACCUGACCAAUAUGACAGUCUCGAUGCGGAGGACCCGGAUACACGCACACAUUUCUCGCAGUUCUCCUACUCGGCCAGCGUGCGGGAGUGACCAUCCUCUCCCACUCUCUCUCUCACCCUUACCAGCGAACCAGACGCCCCUCACAUAUACACACAAACAAGGACACAUGCACCAGCAGCCCCGUCCUCCCGAAGAGCGGGUCCUAGGCGCGAGUACAGCAUCUGUACACGUCCUGAACAGGUGGUACCUUCGGGCCAGUCCUGGUUUUCGAUUGGCUUUUCAACUUGCCAGUCGUAGCCCGACACACUACACGAUCGUCAUAAAACCAUACAACCAAUCAGGUACCAAGAAAAGAACGGCUUUCCACCAGCAGGUUUUCGGACACGCGUGCACUCAAAACACUGGACUGCAGGACAAAAUCUUCAUAUAUUUCAACACGGCUUGUGGGGAGAAGAGUAAUUAGAUCAUUUGGACAUUUUCCCACAGAUUGUUACAGAUUGUCUAAAGCCAUAUUUUAAAGUGCUCUUUCUGGAACUAGCUGUUACCGAGAGUGUUUUUCCAGCGGGAGUACUGACGAUGGGUAACGCAGAGAGCUAAAGUGCUGUUUAUCUGCCUGGAUGCUGGGCGUGCGUGUGAAGCUGUGUGAAUGUGUAGCGGUGCGAACGCUGGACCGUGUGUUCUCUACCUACAUCUUAAUCUGUGUGUCUUUUUUCGUGUUUUGAUUUGUACAUGGGCAUAACGUUAGGGAGCGGGGAGGGGUGGGCGGGAUCGAUAAUGGUUUCGGGGAGGGGCUCACACACUCACUAUAGACGUGAUGGCGUUUGCGUUAUAAAAGGGAAGAGCGAGAGACAGACGGCUUCGGCUUGUAAAUAGGGAGGUCAACUGGGAAUGUUCUGGAGGGGCAUUUUUUCAGUUUCUGCAUCUGCUGCCCCGGCGGGCUGUUUGUUUUCUAAGAUUACUAGUGUAUGAUAGUCGCAAUCAUCAUGUUGUUGCCAUCCUAUUUACAGUUUCACAGGCAUUGAUGUCGAGAUUUAGAGAUGCAAAAAUGAUUUGAAUGUCCUGUUAUUUAACAGAAAGAGCUACUGGGUUAGCAUGCCGUAAUAAGACUUGCAGCAUGUACCAUUGUCAUCGCAGCCUUGACACUUUUUAAAUUUUUCAUUAUGUAGUAAAAAAAACACGUUUAGGAUGCCCGAGAGGAAAUGUUCGUCUCGGGAUGUUUAAUGUUUGUGUCAUUCUGUAGACAGCAGCUGUCCGAACACAUCGCUUUGUGUGAGUUACUUUUGCCUUUUUAAAGAUGCUUUAUGUAAGCAACAUCAAACUGUUUUGUUUUGUUUUGUUUUGUUUUGUUUUAUUCAUUAUUUUAUUGGAUCAUUUGUUUUUUGUUUUUUUGUUGUUCUUCCUUUGUCCACCCACUCCCUGAAAUUAAAUUGUCUUGAUAAAGAAUAUAUAUAUAAAAAUAUAUAUUACAAUAGUAAA